AUGCAAGGCCUGCAUCGUCCACUAACCCCUGCAGAGAUCGAACGCGAGUACGACACACAGUCUGAGCACGAGCUUCAAGACUGCAGCAAACUCGAAUGUUUUGUGAAUAAAGCGAAAGACUUUCACAGAAGUAUCAAGAGAUUCUUUGCAUCGGCGAAAGCUAAGGUUGCUGGCCCGUUCUGCAUCUCUGGCGCAAGCAGUGUAGCUCCUGCUGCUCGACACGCAUCUCCUCCACCGCCAGUCCAGGAUGUGAAAGACCAAUUCAUGACUGCUCUCAAGCACGCGAUCAACAAGAUGAACACCGACGCCAGCGACACGUGGAAUGGAGGCCAAGCCAUUCUCCAAUUGGCUCAGAUUGACGAUCUUGCGCUGAAGUUGGAGGCUCUCAUGCUGAACAACCUUGGCGAACAGCACAUCGGUACACCCUUAACUGGUCAACAGCAAGAGACCCUCUACAUUCAGGCUGGUCACGACAUGCUGAAGCAGAUUGAGGAUGUCGACUGCUUCAUCCCGACAGUACAAGCAUACUUGGCUAUGCCUGGCUGA